CAAGAAGAAAUAUUUCCAAACAAUCACAGGUGUUGUGAUACCUGGAAAGCGUGCUGCAAUCAGCGAUGUGGGUGCUGUUUAUUUGUAUGUGGAAGGAUUGAAUGCUCUUCAUCAGUCAGUGGCUGUGGUAGCUUUGAUAAUGAUGGCACUGUUUUUAGAGGAACCUAUGGAGAGUCUGGUUCCCAUAGUUCAAGCAAUUUAAGAGGGAAUCGAGAGGAAGCUGAAGAAGGCGUAAGUGAGGAUGACACAAUGGAAGGCAAGGUCAGAGAUGCCAUUGUAUGUGCCAUAUUUGAAGCACUUGAUCUUUCACAUGAACAAAGAGAUCUUUGA